AUGCUGCUGAAGCACCCCUUCUCCCACCCAAAACGCACCACCCUCCUCGCCCUCUUCGCCCUCCUCGCCCUCUUCGCCCUCCUCAUCCUCCUCACCGCCCUUGCCCCCCAGAAACCAAGCCUCCACACUCCCACCCACACUCCCACCCCCCGCCUCCUCAAAGCAACAACCCCCUACCCCUCCGCACCGCACCUCUACACGCGCGCCCUGGCCCUCCACGAAACCCAGAACAAAGCGUGCGGGUACGAGACGCGCGUGCAGCGCGCACCGAUCACGCGGGGCGGCGCGGGGGUGUUUGAGUUCCUCGCGGGGAUUAUUCGGGGGGAGUUGGAGAAAGGAGACAUGGGUGGGGGUGGAGGUGGGGGCGUGGAGUGGAUAUUCUACCACGCCCCAACCCUGCUCCCCCGCGCCUCCACAUGCAUCGACACGCUCCUCCCGCCCGCCCCCGCAGCCGCAGACGGCGACACUCACGAAGCGCUGAAGCAGCUCCUCUUCAUCGUCCCCUCGCCGCCGCCCUCGCCCGAGCACGAGCACGAGCACGAGCACGAACCAGACCACACCACCACCCCCUCCCUCCCCUUCUUCUGGCUACGCGUCGCACCGCUAACACUGCGCAUACUCGCCGCCGCAACGAGCGCGGUGCACGAGCGAGAUUCCCACAGGUAUGGUGGCGCUGCGGCUGCGUCUGCGGCGGAGGAGGAGGACGUGGUGGCCGUGGCGCUGUAUGGGGUUCUUGCGAAACGCAAGGCGACAGGUGCGGCGGGGGAGGCGGUGGUGCAGCCGCCGGGGUGGUAUGGGCUUUUUGAGGACGGGGGUGCUGCGGUCGCUGGGCGGGAGGGGGCGUUGUUUGAGUAUCCGGGGUCUGGGGGCGCGUUUGCGGUGCUGAGGAGAUUGGGGGCGCUGGUUGAGCGGGUCGAGCAGGAGCAGGGAGGUGCUAGCGGGGGGGUUGGGGUGUUCGAGGAGACUGUGGGGGCGUGGUGGGUGCGUGUGAUGGAAGAGCGGAAAGCAGGGAGAUACUGAGGGACGGUCGCAGACUCUCACGGACGUGUCUGGACGGGGUAAGGGAUCGUGGAUUCGUGCGCCGUACGCCAAAAGUCAACUGGUAUCAUCCAACCCAACCGUAGCCCACUCCCAAAAGCAAACCGCGCUGUCCAAACCACGGCCUUCUCAGCUCGUGUCCAUCGCCUCCCCGUCUUUCACCACUGCACUCCCUCGCCCCCGCCCCCGCCCCAGCGCUUCGACAAUACUCUCCAGCCCCCGCACCUCCUCGGCGCGCACGCGACCACCCUCCACGGCGCCCUCCACGCCCUCUUUCGUGUCCACGCCGCGCCGCUCCAGGAUGCGCUUGCUCUGCGACUCGAGGUAGGCCUUGCGCUCGCGCGACGCGUCGUCGGCGUCAGCGGGCGCGCUGGACGGCAGCGCAGUGCUGGCGAGGUGCGGGCGCAGAUUGGCCAGCAGCUGGCGCAGGUACGGCAGCUGGGAGG